CCGCCGCCGCUCCUGUCCAAGCUGAAGGCCGACCUCAAGACAGCCAUGCGCGCCAAGGACGCACCCCGGCUGUCGGUGCUCCGCAACAUCCUCGCGGCGACGACCAACGCGGCCAAGACAUCGAGCCCCAUCCGGACAGACGGGCAGCUGAUUGCGCUGAUGCGUAAGACGGCGCGGGGCAACCACGAGGCGCGGGAGGAGGCGCUCAAGGCGAGCCGGCAGGACCUGGUGGAGAAAGAAGAGGCGCAGAUCCGGGUGAUUGAUGAGUAUGUGGCCGGGACCGGGGUGAAGGUGGUCGAGGAGGAGGAGCUGCGGGGGAUCGUGGAGGGUGUGGUGCGCGAGGCGAAGGCGGGUGGGAAGAAGCAGGGGGAGGUGAUGAAGGAGCUACUGGGCAAGAACUGGGACGACGAGGGGAAGUAUGUUGACAAGGCUGUGCUGUCCAAGAUUGCCAAGGAG